CCCCUGCUGGGCGCACGUCGGGCGGACGCGCUCGGGAGCGGCGCUCUUCUCCCCGCGGCCCGGCGCCCCCGGAGACAGCCUGCGGAUGCGCAGUCCCCAAGGGCGCGGCCCGGCCACUCCUGGCUGCCCCGAGUCAUCCGCCGGAAGCCUGGUCCGAGCUCAGAGCCGACAGGAGGCGUCCAAGCGGAGCAGCCGCAGCCGCAGCCGCAGCCGCAGGAGCCUCCCAGACCCUCCCUGAUGGAUGAGCUCUGUGAAGCAAAUGGCACUUUUGCCAUCAACUUACUAAAAAUGUUGGGUGAGAAGGACAACUCACAGAAUGUGUUCGUGUCUCCUCUGAGCAUCUCCGCUACCCUGGCCCUGGUCUCCAUGGGGGCAAGAGGAGACACGGCCACCCAGAUGUCCCAGGCACUUUGUUUGAACAAAGUUGGAGACGUUCACCAGGGCUUCCAGUCCCUCCUCGCGGAAGUGACCAAGUCCAGCACUCAGUACUUGCUCCGAUCUGCCAACAGACUCUUUGGAGAAAAGACGUGUGAUUUCCUUCCAGCCUUUAAGGAGUCCUGUAAGAAGUUCUACCAGGCAGAGCUGGAGGGCCUGUCCUUUGCUAACGACCCUGAAGAGUGCAGGAAACACAUAAAUGCCUGGGUGACCAAAAAGACGGAAGGUAAGAUUUCUGAGAUACUGGGUCCCAGGACAGUCAAUCCACUGACUAAGCUGGUCCUCGUGAACGCCAUCUAUUUCAAAGGGAAGUGGAAUGAGCAAUUUGACAGAAAGUACACAAGGGGAAUGCCCUUUAAAGUCAACCAGGAGAAAAAGACAGUGCAGAUGAUGUUUAAGCAAGCUAAGUUCAGAAUGGGGUACAUAGAUGAGGUGCGUGCCCAGGUCCUGGAGCUGCCGUACGCCGGGGAGGAGCUGAGCAUGGUCCUUCUGCUGCCUGAUGACACGGCCGGUCUCGCUGAGGUGGAAAAAGCACUUACGUAUGAGAAGUUCAGAGCCUGGACAAAUCCAGAGAAGAUGACUAAGGUUAAAGUUCAAGUUUUCCUUCCCCGUUUAAAGCUGGAGGAGACUUAUGACUUGGAGUCUUUUCUUCGAAGUUUGGGUAUGACUGAUGCUUUCGAGGAAGCCAAGGCAGACUUUUCUGGAAUGUCAGCUAAGAAGAACGUGCCCGUGUCCAAGGUCGCGCAUAAGUGCUUCGUCGAGGUCAAUGAGGAAGGCACGGAGGCGGCCGCGGCCACGGCCGUGGUCAGGAAUGCCCGGUGUGUCAGAACUGAACCCCAAUUCUGUGCAGACCACCCCUUCCUUCUCUUCAUCAGGCACCACAAGACCAACUGCAUUUUGUUCUGUGGCAGGUUCUGUUCCCCAUAGAGACGCCGCUGCAGUAUAUGCAGUCUUUCCUCUUCUUCCCACUUUGCCUUAAAUCAGUUCCCAGUGGCCACAGUGCUGUGGCGGUUUGGGUGCCAGAAUAAAGUGUGUGCGCUGGGAAGUCUG